AUGAGAGGUCUACCAAGUUUUGUUAGAACAUUGCGAGUCGGCGCUCUCCAGAGGCGAUUUCAGGCGAUUUCCGUGUCCGACGCCGUUUGCUCCGCCGCUAUUCCGCUAUUCCGUUUCCGACGCCGUUUGCUCCGCCUCUGUUUGAUUACGCCGAAUGAAGAAGCCUACCUUUCCAAGGAGGUUAUACACAAGAGGGCUGAACCGGAAGCCCAAAAGAGCAUCUCCUACGGCAGCAACGACAAAAAGCUAUUUGCUGCCGUGAAAAAACUACUGAGUGAUGCCGAGUGGGAAACACUAUGCGACUCGCGAGUUGGUGUCUUCUGCAAGUUUCACGACCUCGACUUCGAGUGGUCUUCGAAAUUUUCCCUCCAUGAGUUUGAGCAUCUCACCGGCCUCAACUGCGACUAUGUGGAAGAUAUUGAUGACCCCAAGUGCAAGGUUACUCUAGAGAUGAGAGCAUUCUGGGAGAAGCUCGGAGUAGGUGUUGAGCUUGGUCCGAGUCAAGUGGAGAUCAUUCGUGCAUGCGAAUGGGCAACAGACUGGCCGAGUGAGGACAAACUUAGGCUUGGUUACUUGGCCAUCUACACUGGCUUCAUUGCUGCUCGGAAAAACACCUCGCACACUCCUGUCAACCUGGCCAGAUUAGUGAUGGAUGAAGAGGAGUUUGAGAAUUAUCCGUGGGGGCGUGUAGCUUUCAAGAACCUGAUCGAAGCCGUCAAAGAAGCAGAGCUAUGGAAGUCCGGGUAUGUCCUGGAUGGGUUUGUUGAGGCUCUACAAGUAUGGGCAUAUCGUUUCAUGCCUGAAUUCGGAGCGGGUUGUGGUGCGCCCAUACGAAACGCUCCUGACAUUCCGCUCUUGUCCUACAAAGGAGUCCAGGGUCUAAGGAACAUUGAACUCACGAUACUGAAGCAGGUGAACUUUGAUCACUGCAUAAUGGUGGAGAGAGACUUCGUUUACCCAAAGUGGGAUGAGGAUAAGGAAGACCCGCGUGUAGAUGAACUCAUCAACGCGCUGUAUGGAGACCUGGGCCGGUGGAGGUGGAAGCCGGCGGACUGGAAUCCUCAAGGUGUUCUGGUGAAGAAUCCUAUACCCCGCGGAGUCUGCGAAGAGGAAAAGAGCCUCUGA